GGAGCUGGCAGCAACAUGUCAAUGUCCUCGUCCCGCUUCUCUGCAGGCUUGGGGGGUGGCUACACCGGGGGCUACACCUGCAGCCUGGGUGGGGGCUUCGGCUCCAGCUUUGGUGUGGCGGAAGCCCUGCUGGGGGGCAGCGAGAAGGAGACCAUGCGGAAUCUCAAUGAUCGCCUGGCCUCCUACUUGGAGAAGGUGCGCGCCCUGGAGGAGGCCAACGCUAACCUGGAGGUGAAGAUCCGGGACUGGUACAAGAAGCAGGGCCCCGGGCCUGCCCGUGACUAUAGCUCCUACUUUAAGACCAUUGAGGACCUUCGAAGCAAGAUCCUGGCAGCCACCAUCGACAAUGCCAACUUGGUGCUGCAGAUUGAUAACGCCCGCCUGGCGGCUGAUGACUUCCGCACCAAGUACGAGAUGGAGCUGAACCUGCGCAUGAAUGUGGAGGCCGACAUCAACGGCCUGCGCAGGGUGCUGGACGAGCUGACCCUGGCCAGAGCUGACCUGGAGAUGCAGAUCGAGAGCCUGAAGGAGGAGCUGGCCUACCUGAGGAAGAACCACGAGGAGGAAAUGAAUGCCCUGUGAGGCCAGGUGGGCGGGGACGUCAACGUAGAGAUGGACGCCGCCCCCGGUGUGGACCUGAGCUGCAUCCUGAACGAGAUGCGCGACCAGUACGAGAAGAUCGCGGAGAAGAACCGCAAGGACGCCGAGGACUGGUUCUUCAGCAAGACAGAGGAGCUGAACCGCGAGGUGGCCACCAACACCGAGGCCCUGCAGAGCAGCCGGACAGAGAUCACAGAGCUGCGCCGCUCUGUGCAGAACCUGGAGAUUGAGUUGCAGUCCCAGCUCAGCAUGAAAGCAUCGCUCGAGGGCAGCCUGGCGGAGACCGAGGCACGCUAUGGGGCCCAGCUGGCUCAGCUGCAGGGGCUUAUAAGCAGCAUUGAGCAGCAGCUGUGUGAGCUCCGCUGUGACAUGGAGCGGCAGAACCAUGAGUACCAGGUGCUGCUGGAUGUGAAGACACGGCUGGAGCAAGAGAUCGCCACCUACCGCCGCCUGCUGGAGGGCGAGGAUGCCCAUUUGUCCCCCUCUUCCUGCAGCCUGGCCACCCAGUACUCCUCGUCCUUGGUCUCACAGCCCACCCGGGAAGCCACGAUAACCACUCGUCAGGUGCGUACCAUCGUGGAGGAGGUCCAGGAUGGCAAGAUGGUCUCCUCCCGUGAGCAGGUCCACCGCUCCACCCACUGA